AUGGUGUUAUCAAGACAGUCCAGGAGAGUGAUAGCAGUACCAAUGGUUAUUUUGGCUUCAAAAAGAUACUGGAGAAGGUUAAGGAGAAGUUUGGCUCGAGCAUUUGCCGCAAUUUCAGGAAAGAGCCUUAUCGCAUCAAACAAUUGCAAGACGGGUGGGGUGGACCAUAUCAAUGAACAUGUAUCCAAAAAAUUGCGUGACGUGGUUGAAAAGUGUAAAUAUUUUUCGCUAUGCCUGGAUGAAAGCACUGAUCUGUCUGACAUUAGCCAGCUUGUAAUUUUUAUCCGAACUAUUCAAGACGACUUCAGUGUAGCAGAGGAGAUGCUUGACCUUAUUCCUCUCCAUGGUACAACCAAGGGUACAGAUAUUUUUGAAGCUGUGAAUAAGUUGGUGUCAGACUACGGGGGAUUUGAUAAAUGUUCCUGUAUUGUCACUGAUGGCGCCAGAGCUAUGACAGGGACUGAAAUUGGAUUUUCAGGACUAUUGAAACAAAACAGCAUCAACUGUCCUAUGAUACAUUGUAUUGUUCACCAAGAGAGCUUAUGUGGAAAAUCUUUACGUCAAAUAAAUGUCAUGAAAGUGACUGUUAAAAUAACUAAUAUUGUUAGAGGGGGCAAUCGUGCUUUGACUCACAGAAAGUUUCGUGAUUUUUGGGCCUAA